AUGUCGACCGUUAUUCUUGGAGGAGGCAUCAUUGGCACCUCAAUUGCUUACUACCUGUCUGCCAAUCAACCUGAAGGCGAAAUACACAUUGUCGAGCAAUCCCCAGAGCUUUUCUCAGCGGCUUCGGGAUAUGCUGCAGGCUUCUUAGCCAGAGACUGGUUUGUUCCAUCUCUGGCACCUCUCGGUGCUUUAUCGUUUGACCUGCACAAGGAGCUUGCCGCUGAAAAUUAUGGACAAAAGAACUGGGGAUUCAUGAACGGGACGGCUUUCAGUUUGGAUACUGUUUCUCGCCAGAGACAGGGUGCGCCACGCGGCGAUGGCUCUGAUGAUCCUACCCCCGUUGAGUGGCCGAAGUGGUUGACGAAGCAGAAAGAAGGUAUGAUAGAGAGGAUCAGCGAGGAGGGAACUGUGGCUCAAGUUGAUCCAUUGAGAUUGAGCCACUAUCUGAUGGAUGGUGCAAUAUCUCGAGGGGCGAAGCUCCAUCACCCAGCCAAGGCAGCCGCGCUUGUCAAAGAUGCGGAUGGCACAAUCACCGGCGUUAGUAUUGUGUCGGGGGAUUCAAAGAAAGAGUCAACAAUUCCAUGUACAAAUCUUGUUCUGAGUAUGGGGCCUUGGACGCCACAGAUUUUCAAAGAUCUAUUCCCAUCCUCGAGUAUAUCAUUAGAUAUCUCACCUCUGGCUGGCUAUUCUCUUGUCGUUCGCUCCCCUCGGUAUACGUUGGAACACCAGAGGAAUGUCCACAGGGGACAAAGUCAUGCUGUCUUUACAACGUACCCUUCAUCAUAUGGGUUCAGCCCCGAGAUCUUCCUCAGGGAAGGUGGCGAGAUUUAUAUCGCCGGUCUCAACCCUACCAUCAAGCUUCCCUCUCGGGCAGAAGAUAUUAACCGGCUUUUUGAUCCCCGCGAGAUGCAGAAACUCAAGGAUGUUACCGUCCGUUUGUUGGGUGGUCUUGCUAAAGAUACAGAAGAGGCAGCCGACAAGACGACCAACCUCGACGACCUAGAGGUACUUCGAGAAGGGCUUUGCUUCAGACCUGUGGGCAGUACUGGUGUUCCCACAAUUGGCGAAAUCGAAAAUCUUUCCUUGGGAGGAGGAACGAGGGCAAGUCCCAGAGGCGGCGUGUUCAUAGCCGCUGGUCAUGGACCGUGGGGAAUAUCAUUAAGUCUUGGGACGGGCAAGAUUAUAUCUGAGAUGAUAAAGAAGCAGAAAACCUCGGUUGAUGUGACAGGACUCGCAGUCACGGGAAAAGGCUCAACUUCUCCGUUGUGA